CGCUAAUUAGGUUCUUUACUGGCACAGUUAACCUCACUUUUCUUGACAGUUUGCUUGUGCUGUUUACAUGGACUUAAAAAAAAUUGUGGACGAAUCGCUCGAAGAAAAUCGUAAAGAAUUUUUCUAAGUCCAUUUAAACAGUACAAGCGAACUGUCAAAAAUGAACACUCAGUUCAUUUGUAAUGUCAGCGUAAAUUAUUCAAUUGCAAAAAAUCCAUGUGUAAAAUCAACAGGCAUAACGUUUACAUUUUUUGAGUGUAGGGGCUAUCCCUAUAUUUUAAGUCAGACUGAGCGGUAGCGAUGUAGCGUAGUCACAUUGGGUGGUGGAAACAAAUUAAAAUUGGCAACGCUAGCAAAACACAAAUGAACACUCCGGAUGAACCUAUCGUCAAUUGACAUUUCGGCGAGUUUUGAUUCGAGCCGAUAAUAGGGGUCCAUUUCAGUGCACACCCAAACACGAUGUAUCUGCUCACCUCCUAUUUUAUGCAUCUUGGUCAAAAAUGCGUUUUUGAAAUCCGUCACUUUCGCUGGUGAACACAGAAGUUGUUUGUAAACACAUGUGAAUAAUGUGAGCGGAAUUGUUUUUUUCAUCCAAGUUUUUUUGUGAAAUUAUAUCAAAUAUAUUGAUAGAUAUUUUGGCAAUCGUGCUUUAAAGAUGUCCAAAUCAUUAGUUAAAAAGGCUUUGGCAUUAGCAGAGGAAGAAUUACAAGCUUCUAUCAGAAAGAAAGAGGCUGAUAAAGAUAACUCAGAUUUAACGCCACAUCAUAAAUCGGGAAGACAAAUUGGUAAAGCAAGAAGCAAAAUUGCAAAAGAAAUGAAGAAGCGCUGUGGAAACUUAACAGUUAUAGAGGCCCGAAAACAGCUACAAAACCGUAAAGACAAUACCGAUGAUAAUAUUCGAAAACUAUUGCUCAUGAGUUCAACCGAUAUUGGGCGGGAAGUUAGCUCGAAGCUGGUUAAACGAGCUCAGACGGGGCGAUACGUAGUCAAAGCAGAUGAAGUCCUAGAAAGACAGGAUCCUACAGAAAGUGUAUUCAGCGAAGAAGACUUUAGCAAAUUUGAAGAAGAACUUGAGCGGUUAGGUUGAAAUAGUUUAUCGUUUCCGGUAAGUAA